CAUCACAAUAGGUUAAACUGCGACUCAGAGCUCGAGCAGAAAGAGAGAGAGAGCUCCGGAUUCUCUCUCUCUCUCUCUCUCUCUCUCUCUCUCCUCACGUCUUUUCUGCGGCGGCACUCUUUCAUGUUCUCUCUCUUUCUGUCGGUGAAUUUUCUCUCUUUUGAAACUUUGUUACUUUGUUUCUCUGGACGAAUUCACCGCUUCAUGAAUGCACUUUGCAGGAAGCAGCAGCUCGUCUCUCUGCUCCUCCUCCUCAUCUUCAUCACCAGCUCCUCUCAAUGAGCGGAGGACAUGCUCUCCUCCUCCUCCUCCUCCUCCUGACGGAAACCCCGGUUUCUUGCCUCCGGUUCCCGCCGCCGCUGAGGAGCUGAGGAGGAGCCCGGAGAGAGCGCUGUCUGCCCGGGCAUGGAGCGCGGCGGCGGCCGGGGCGGAGGAGGAGGAGCGGGAGGAGCGGGGUGGGCGCUGGUGGAGGCCCGGCUGCAGGGAGGAGCACCGUGGGGUUUCACCGUCCAGGGAGGACUGGAGCACGGAGAACCGCUCCUCAUCUCCAAGGUGGAGGAAGGCGGUAAGGCGGACACUUUGGAGCGCCCUCUGCUGGCGGGAGACGAGAUCAUCGCGAUCAAUGACGUGGAAGUGAGUGGAUUCAGACAGGAGGCGGUCGCUCUGGUGAAAGGAUCACACAAGACGUUGACACUCACUGUCCGCAGACAGUUUAAUGAAGGUUACACCAGAGAGUCUUCACCUCCUUCACUGCCUCCUCCUCCUCUGUCUCCACGACAACAACAACAACAACAACAACAACAACAACAGUCACCAGUGUCAUCUCAGCACAGCCGACCAUGUUCUGCAGGAGGAGUCCAGUUACGCAUCAAGAACAGACGCAGCGAGCCGGCGUCUCGUCCUCACUCGUGGCACUCAGCGAAGCUCGGUGAAGGACAAAGACAGUUGGACCAGGAAGACGUGGACACCAUGAACACCUGGCACAACAGCUACCACACCAGUGCUUCGACCACCAACCUGUCCAGCGGCUUUGACUCGUCCAGCGGCGGUUACCUGAGGAGGAGUCCAGACCAGUACAGCUCUCGAGGCAGCAUGGAGAGUCUGGAUCCUCCCCAGUCCUCGCAGCUUCACUCUGGAGCUCAGCAGCACCACAGUGGACCCCACCCGGCCUACGCCUCCUGCCACCAGCUGUCCUCUGCCAGAUCCUCCAACAGCAUCGACCACCUCCACAGCAAGCGAGACUCGGCUUACUCCUCCUUCUCCACCAGUUCCAGUAUCCCAGAAUACCUCGCCUCAACCCCGUCCUUUAGUCCCGAGCGCUCCUAUUCGCUGGAGACAGUCUCUCAUAGAGGAGGCGAGAGCAGAGAGAUGCACCAGGCUGAUCUUCAUUACAUCCGGACAGUUUACGAUGUGAAGCAGGGCUUAUCUCAAGAGCACGAGCUGAGUUCCUCCUCCGCUGCGAGAGGUGGAGGAGGCACGAGGUCCGGGCAGAGCCGAGAUCUGCAAGUCUGUUACCGUGGCAGCAGCAGUGGCAGCAGCAGCGGCAGCAGCAGUGGUGGCGUGCCGGCUUCUAACCGACACAGCGUCGGUCCAAUUUGGGGUCCAGCAGCUAACUGUAGCUCCUAUGAGAACCUGAAAGGGGUGCCAGCCCCUCCGCGGCGCAGCGACAGCUACAUGGCCAUCAGGAACCACGACAGACCAAACUCCUGGUCCAGUCUAGAGCAAGCUAGAUCACUGCGGUCUCUGCAGAAAGGUUCCUGGCAUCACUCCAGUGGCCCUGUGGCCUCGGGUGCAGCAAAAGGCUCUUAUGGUGCAGAGGGUCUUCUCCACACCGUCAUAGAGAAGAGUCCAGAGAGUAGUCCUACCACAAAGCCCCGGCAGGGUGGAGGGUUUGUCCAGCCUCCGUCGCCUCCUGAAUUUUCCUCUGGAUCUGCAGGCCACACACCGCACUCUGGCCGCCUUAUACUUCCCACAGUUGUGUACCCCGUCCCCCAGCCUGAGCCCCACUACGCGCAGAUGCCCAGCUCCAAUCCUGGUUCCGGCUCCUCUGCAGUCUAUCCUGCUCUCACCAAGGAGAACAGUCAACAUCAGUACCAGGAGUCGCAGGGAACUGGACUGAGGGAUGAAGGAAAGAUAUCAUCUUCAGAAAAUAACAUUUCUUGGUCACAUUACCCUCACUCGUCGCAUGCACCAUCUGCCUUGUACGAGCUCAGGCUUCAACAGGAAGAGUCGAACCUCAGACAUAACAGACCGCACAUGAAAUCAGAUGGAGACAGAGCAGAGAGUCAGACAAGAGUCCAAAGACCUCUCAACCACCAGGAACCUCACAGUCAGAGCUUCCAAGAGUCCUACACUCUUAAAGGCCACGGACCUCAUGACGUAGUGUUCCAGGAACAGAACCACGGUUUCCAUGUUCCCCAAAUCCAGUCGUCAUCCGGACCAAGGCCUUCAUCCUCACAUGAAUGCAGGGACGCACAUGUACCUGUGCAGCCCAGGGACAGGAGCAGAUCAGUGGACCACACCAGCUUUCAUACAAACCCAGGGACACUCUCCAGGCCAGCUCAGGGGCAGGUACCAUUUAUCCACUCACUUGUUCACCCUCAGUCUCAGGCCCCACCCACCUCUGCCACCCCGUCUUCUCCUCGUCACCUCAGUGACUCAGUACCACUGCAGUACCAAGACUGGGAUCACAGAGACAAGGAUGACGACAGAGAACAUCCCCUGACCCGUCUGGAGAAUGCCCUUGCUGAGGUCCAGAGAUGCAGCAGCUCUGACAGCAUUAUCUCUGCCAGUAGCCAAAAUGGCAGCCAGAUGCCGACACGCAGCCUGUCUGUGUUGGAGAAAGUCAGUCGUUUUGAGCGUGGGGAACAAGCCGGAAAGAAGCGUAGUUACAGCACAAGCCAUGCAAACAACAAAGCCACCCAUCUGAGGACGACUGAAAAAGGCCGGCGCUCCCCUUGUGGAGCAGACGACCUGAGAAACAUGUUGGAAAGAAGCACCAGUAGUGCCAAACCCCACAGAACCAUGAGCUACAGAGGAAGAAGCAACGGCAGGACCCUAGUAGAUCCCAGUUCAGCCCUUCAGAGGAGUCACAGCACCUUCCAACUGGAAGAAUCCAGGGAGGGCUACAGCAGCAGAGAUGUCCACCUUAGGCAUGACAUCCAGGAGGUGCUGGGCCCCAUGCAGGACACAUCCUUCAACAGAUCCUACAGGGAAUCUUUGAAAGAUGCCCAGACUAAGGUCCUUCGGUCCACCUCCUUCAGACGAAGAGACUUCAGUUCCUCCAGCAGUCCGCAGCCUCCGCCUGUCCCCGCCAAGCAAAACUCCCUCGAGAAAAAAGGCCCAAAAACCAAGCCCAAACCACACGGCGUCAUCAUCAGGCCAAUGUCUCCACCACUGGUCACAUCCCCUCAUGCGCCGAAGGAGCGGCAUAUGGUCACCCCAGAGGUCCGUGGGCCGAGUCCCCCGGCUCUUCCCAGCGUUCCACCGGUUGGACCUGCUGUGAUGCGCAUCUGUGGCCGCAAGCGGCUAAUGGCAGAGCAGAAGAAACGAUCAUACUCAGAGCCAGAAAACCUGAAUGAGGUUGGGGUUUCAGAUGUUGAGACGGUUGCCCUCUUCAGGCGUGGAGGAGAGACCAGCGUGGCAGACCGGCGGAAGAUGUUUGAACUUGCGGCAAGUCGUGUUGGGGUUGGUGCUCAUCAGAACACCACGUCCAGACCAGAGCUACGACAGCUUCAGCACGACGCUCUUGCUGAGUAUGUGGAGAGGAAGAGAGGAGCUAAAAGAGAAGAUGGAGGACAGAGAAGUGGACUGAGGCCUUGCAGAGGCUCCUGUAGUUACUCAGACACCUUCAGCCUCUCCUCCGCCUCCAGCCUCCUCUCCCUCCAGGAACCUGGCCCAGAACGAACCUCCCCUGUUGAGAAGCGUUCCUCCUCCACUCUUCCCCCUGGAACCGACCUGCGCGACUACCAGUCUAACCUCUACUACCCUGGCAGGGUCACAACCCCACGGCCUCCACCUCAGCCACCACAAAGUGCUCCUCCCGGUUCACCCCCUGAGCUCCAGACCAAGACCUUCCAUAAUCUGAGUCCUGAAGCAGGUCUGAGUAGACAGAGCCAGUCUGUGAGCAGAGACUCAGGCCUGGACCAACAGCAGCAACAGCAGCAGCAGCAGGACAAAGAGCCACAAGAGCAUCCCUUCAGGCUGGGACUGUCCAGGAAGCUCAGUGGGGCCCUGCAGAGGGCCGGGUCAAACCGCAGCACCGGGAAGUCGGCUUCUGCUGAGGAUCUGCUGGAACGAUCCCAGGAGAAUCAGAUGACUCCUCAACACUUCCGCUCCCGCUCGUCCCCGAUCAUGGACACUUUACAGGAUUUCUCCGCAGGAGACGUCAUGACGUUUGGUGUGUUGGUCUCUGAACCUGAGGACAGAUCUGCAGACACUCAGAUGUUAGGGAACCUCGUCUGUCCUCAACUGUCCCAGAACAGUGUGAACUCCACCCAGCCUUCAGCAUCAUCUCCAGACCUAGGCUCCUCCUCCUCCUCCUCCGUCACUCCUAUCACUCGUAGAGAGCGACGAAGGAGCAGCGAGCGCCAACGAGCCCACAGCACCUCCACCUUGGCGGCCUCCGUUGGUCUGCCCUGCCCCUUCUCCAGUGCAGGUGACACUGAGUGGCAGGCCAGCGAGAGGCUGGCCAACCUGGACGCCAUCAGCUUCCCUGGCACCAGCAAAACCCUGGAGACAAACAAAGAGACAAGAUGCACUUUAAGUUUAGAGGACACUGAGACAGACGUGGACAGUUUAAAGAACCUGUCAGAGAUGCCCACACUUUUACCCCAUCCUCAGCUCGCAGCUCUGCCAAACAGGAAGGACAGCGAGAACGCUGUGUCCCUUCCGUCCCCUUCCCUCCAUCUGUCCGUCCGCCACCUGUCCUCACUGCGGAUCUCAGAGUCCAGCCUCUCGAGCUACAGUGACCAGCAGCCACACAUGGAAACGUCCAAGGGCCGAUCUCAGGAGGACUUUGACGAGGUCUUCCUCCUAACUCCUGCCCCUCCGUCGCCUCCUCCACCAAUCAGAGAGACAAGCAUCCUGGAGGACUUCCCUCCUCCUCCACCUCCCAUCGAGUUGGAGGAAGAACCUGGAUACGAUUCUGUGGAAAGUCCAAGCUCAGAAUACUUGACCAGCUCCAGUGUUCCCAGCAGGAAGUCCUCCCUUCCCUCACCGACACUGUUUCCUUCGUACUCUGUCCUCCCUCCACUGUCCACCACUAACACACACACCUCGACCAAGGACAGCUUAGGUCUGGACUACCAGUCCCUGACCAAGAGGGAGAAGACACCUGAGGAGCAGCGGGUGGAGGCGCUGGCCCGGAAACUGGUGUUGCAGGACCACUCUCUGGCGCCUCUCCUGGACACAUGGAGCACUAAAUCCACUGUCGAGCUCAUGAGUGAGAUCUUUCCUCGCAGCAGAUUGGUUGAUCGAUCACAGUGGCAUCAGUUGGAUGACAGGAUCCAAGAUGGCGUCUGUGAUUCUGCAUCAGUGGCGAUGACAGACGGACAAACACAAACCAACACGGAUGAGAAAGACCUCAACACCACAAAGGUGGAGCUGUGUGAGGCACUGAGGAGCAGCGUGGAGGCUCUGCAGCAGGAGAAGGAGCUGCUGUGUGAGGAGCAGCGGAGUCACCAGGCGCUGGGCGGCGACAUGGAAGCACUGGUGCAGGAGAAACUCAGAGACAACGAGAAGGACAAGUACAGCAUGUUCAUCGGAGAUCUGGAGAGAAUCGUGAACCUGCUGCUGUCUCUGUGCAGCCGCCUGUCGAGGAUCGACCGCUCUCUGCUCGCCGUGGACGCCGAGGAGCUGACGCAGGAGGACGCAGCCGAGGAGAAGGCGUCUCUCUGUCGUAAACGCUCUCUGCUGCUCCGUCAAACCGAAGACGCCUGGGAGCUGAAGGAAAACCUGGACCGGAGGCAGCGUGUCGUGCAGUCCAUCCUGUCCGGCUACCUCAGUGAAGCGCAGCUGGGAGACUACCGGCACUUUGUCAGCACCAAACCCUCCCUCCUGAUUCGGCGGCGGCACCUGGAUGACCUCAUACGUCAGGGGGAGGAGCAACUGAAACAGCUGGUGGAGAACAUUCCGGAGCUGGCGGAGGCUCGCGGUUUGUCGAGGGCGGGUCCAUUCUCGCUGCCGGGCCACGUGACCUGCUCGUCGCUGUCUGUAAUUCCAGGCCCAGCCCACCCCGUCAGGUCCACCACUGUGACGUCACUGUGAUGUCACUGUCACACGUGGAGGUGAGAGACAGGAAGUGAUGAUGACGAAACUGUAGGUGUCCAAAUCCACCAUUGUUUGUUUUAUAACUCGCAGACAAGAGCUCACAGACGGCACCUGAUCAGAACUCUGCGGUCGUGAUGUGAACUCUUCAAACACACAAAUGGCCUAUUUCCACCGGCGCACUUGCCACACCACCCAACACCUCGCCGCACCUAGCCACACCUCGCCGCGCCUCGCCACGUCUCACCGCACCUCGCCAAGCCUCACCAUGCCACGCCACGCCGGGGCGGUCUCUCAGUAACGAGGCGGUCUCUCAGAAACGAGGCGGUCUCUCAGUAACGAGGCGGUGAUCUCUCAGAAACGAGACACUGUCGUCUGCAAACACAUGAACCCACUAAAAGUGAGUGAAGACCAAAAUCAAAGGAGCUGCACGCGUCACAUGACGACACACUGUAACACGACAGUCUGGAGCUUGUAGCACUUUUAGCAGCUUUGCUAACAGGUUUUUACACUGAACCAUGAAAGUUAAUUCAGCUUCUUUUUCUGUGAUUUCAAUGUUUCACACUUUUAUCUUCAUGUGGCAACAUUUACACAAAUAUGCAUUUAAAAAAAAAAGAUACCAAAUCUGAACAAGGUGAGCGGAGGAGUUGCAAUCUGCAGUCUCACCACUAGAAAAGUGAACAGAAAAGUGCUUAUUUAAGGAAUACAGAAGUCAGGGGUUUCAAACUCGUGGCCCCCAAAUUAACAAAUGUGGCCCACCACCAGUUUUUUGCUGUUUAAUGAUUCAUUUAAAUCAUAUAUGUUUUUAUUCAUAUGAAAACAAACAGUGCAAUAUCAUGUGAUUGUGAUUUGUUUCAAGCUCCUAUUGUCCACUCCGGCCGCCGAGUUUGAGAACCCUGACCUCAAUCAUGCUGUGGUCAGAUCAAUAAUUAAUAUUCAACUUUUAUUAAAGUGAAGUUGCACCAUUUUCUUUUUUGUUUUUCUUGUUCUGUUAAAUCACAAUUGUAAUUGUUCAGUGUCACAACAGAACACUUUUUGUUCUCUCUCUCUCUUCUUGUACGCUUGAGUCUUGAGUCAUUUUGUUUUCCCUGCAGAAACCCGAUCAAUAUUUAUUGUAUAAUUCAAAAGGUUUUUCACAGCUUCUCUUCUCACUGACGACCACUUCUUUUAUGUUGUUUUACUGUUUAUUAUUGUUUAUUCACACUCUCAGACAUUUCUCGUUGAAUUUAAUUCAUCGUUUGCUUUGAACGAAGGGCGAAUGGAAAAAAAACUGUUGCAAAAAUAAAAGUAUUUUGUAUUUGCUUUA